UGAGGCAGUAGGAAUGUACGUACUGAAGAAGUCUAGUUUCGUAUCGCGUUCGAGUGGUUUCUAAACCGUAUUCGGUGAUAAAACGUUUAUGCUAAUAGUUCGAAUACAUUAGUUCGUUUAUGCGGAUAAUCCGAAUAUUAUGAAUCUCGUUUUUAUUGGCAUUUGUAAGGAUUGAUAUUGUGUCGUGUACGUUUCGGAAGAUGUUUAGCAAAGCUAAACGAACGCAAAGUUACCUGUCGAAGGAUUCGUCCGUUAAAACGAAGGAGUACUUUACGAGCAAUGGUAAAUUAGUUCGAAGACCGUCAUCGUGGUCUUCGUUCCACAGCCCGCCGGAUUUUUUCCUGAGCAAAAGCGGCAGGGCUGCUGUGAGAUCGAAAAAGGUCGAUCCGGAGUUGAUAUUCACCAAGCAGGAGCGCAUCGGCAAAGGCUCGUUCGGCGAGGUGUUCAAAGGCAUCGACAACCGAACCACCCAGGUGGUGGCCAUCAAGAUCAUCGACUUGGAAGAGGCCGAAGAUGAAAUCGAAGACAUCCAACAGGAGAUCAUGGUCCUGUCGCAAUGCGACAGCCCGUUCGUUACCAAGUAUUACGGAUCCUAUCUGAAGGGUACGAAAUUAUGGAUUAUAAUGGAGUAUUUAGGCGGCGGAUCGGCCUUAGAUCUGAUGAAAGCCGGCAAUUUCGAAGAGAUGCACAUCGCCAUCAUAUUACGAGAAGUAUUAAAAGGUCUGGACUAUCUGCACAGCGAAAGGAAACUCCAUCGCGACAUCAAAGCCGCCAAUGUCCUAUUGAGCGAAAUGGGCGACGUGAAACUAGCAGAUUUCGGCGUUGCUGGUCAACUGACGAACACGACUAGUAAACGGAACACGUUCGUCGGAACGCCGUUUUGGAUGGCCCCCGAGGUGAUCAAGCAAUCGGCGUACGAUUCGAAGGCGGACAUUUGGAGCUUGGGCAUCACGGCCAUCGAAUUGGCCAAGGGCGAGCCGCCCAAUUCGGAGUUGCAUCCGAUGCGCGUGCUCUUCCUCAUACCCAAGAACAAUCCGCCGCAGUUGACGGGCAGUUACAGCAAACAGUUCAAGGACUUCGUCGAGGCUUGCUUGAACAAGGAUCCGGAGAACAGACCCACGGCUAAAGAGCUGCUGAAGUAUCCGUUUAUAAGGAAAGCGAAGAAGAAUUCGUACUUAAUCGACCUGAUUGAUAGGUACAAGAAAUGGCGGUGCACCAGGAACGAGGAGUCUGAAACGGAAUCCGAGAAUUCCGAUUCCGAAGAACCUAAACAAGACAGCGAUCUGGACGAUCCUUGGAUAAUGACCGUUAAAGGUAACAUGAAAUUACCGUUGGAGGAGAUACCUUCAUCAAAUUACAAAGCUGGGAAUAAAGUGCAAAAUGGUUCCGGACCGACGUUGGACAAAUCGCCCCCGAAAGAUUCCAAUCUCAACCACUAUAGGCCUGAAAAAUCCGCAAUAUCGUCGAAAUCGCCGGGAAUGCAGUCUCAGCUCGACAACAGGGACAGCAGGAAAGACAAGGACAGGGACAGAGAAAAGGAAUCGGAGAGGGAACGCGAAAGGCCCGAAUCGAAGGAGAAAGAUAGAAGAAUAUCGAGGGAGUUGAGUCCAUUGGACCAUCGAGGAGAUAGUUUGGGCGCGGACAAAAAGGCUAAUAGGAAGUCCAUAUCGAGGGAGCAUUCGAAUUACAGCGGAAAAAACGAGAGCCGAUCGCCCGUAUUAGGAGGUUUUAUUUAUCCAUUGAUAACGGAAUUGCAGAGAAAGCAUCAGUACAACAGGAGGUCGACGGAAAUGGCGCACAAGUCGAACGAUGCCAUUGAGGAAUUGGAGAACGCGUUCGAAAUUGCCGAGAAAACGAGUCCGGGUAUAAGUGAAAUAUUCAUAUGCGAAUUGGUGCAGAAGCUCGUGCCAUCGAUUUCAGAGCAGAGGCUUAAGGGGGUCUUGGAUAAGGUCAUAAGGGAUACCUUGUAGAAAUAACUCGCAAGAAGAAGCUCUGCUGACCUCUAGUUGUUAAAAUGAGAAUUUAUUAGUUCGGUUAAAAGUUAUUCUCUCGUUAUUUAAAGUUGUUAAUACUUACCAUUUACAUGACAAUAUCUUAUAUCUAUUGAGCUUAUUACUGGUAAAUUUUAAGCGAAAAUUCCUUAUAGAAUAAUAGUCUUCUUUAUUAACACCAUAGUACUUGUUUCCGAGGCAAUUGUAAAACUAAACGCGUAAUAAUUGUCCUCUAUGUAUUACUCACCAAAUUAACUGCGACAGGAUCACACACUUUUUAAAUGGAAAUGCCAGAAAAUUUUAAACGUUUUGAAUUAGAAUCGGUAAGAGUUUUUUUUUUAUAAGUUCGUCGUUUUUUCAGAAAGUUUGCCAUGUCCUCUUGAAAAAUAUUGUACAUAUGUAUAUCUAGAUUGAACUAUAUUCUAUUAUUAAGAUAUUUUUUCUUGCAACGUAUUUUUUUAGAUGUGUAAAUAUAUAACAAUAAAUAGUUAAACUGUU